AUGUCCUACCACGAGGAACACGGCAGCCGCGGCGGUGCCCGCGAUGAUUACUACAGCGGCCGCCGCUACGACGACUCGGACGACGAGGACUACCGGGAGGCCGAGAGGCAUGCGGCCUCGCACUCCGAGGGCAGCGGCGACAGCUCGCUGUUCAGCACUGCUCUCGGCCUGCUGUCGGGCAAGAAGCAGAGUCUGAAGGACGAGGAUUUGGACGAGGACGAUGCCGUCAACCAGCACAGGAAGUUUUACGGCGGUGGCGGCAGCGACAGCAGCCAUCAGGCCACCGAGAGCAACCUUGGCGCCGCCGCAGCCAUGCAGGCGCUCAAGAUGUUCAACAGUAGCUCGGGCGAGGGCAAGAGCAGCAAGAGCCAGUUCCUCGGCCUGGCCAUGGCCCAGGCGAGCAAGCUGUUUGAUGAGCAGAGCGCUCAGGGCAAGACCGACUCGAGCGCCAGCAAGCAAGGUGCCGUCCAGCAGGCCGCUCAGAUGGCCCUGAAGAUGUAUCUGAAGUCCGACAACAGCAGCUCCGGUGGAAGCAAGCCCAGCGGCCUGAUGGGUCUUGCCAGCAAGUUCUUGUAG